AUGCUUGAAAAAACGAAAGCAGAUUUUGAGACCAGCAGAACAGAGGAAAAGUUUGUAUCUUUCUUGACUGAUUCCAAAGAAUUUCCUACAGAAUUAGAGCUAGAAGAUCUAACGUUACCACAUGAGUCAAGCGACAUUGAUGCACUGGAGUUGAGGGAAGAACUAAAAGUGCUUUCGACGUUGCUGAAACCUGGAAUAGGUCCAAAAGAGACUCUGAAGUUUAUAGGAAGGCAUAAUUUUUGCCCCAAUGUUGCUCUGAGAAUUCUCCUAACACUCCCAGUGACAGUUGCGAGUGGAGAGAGGAGUUUCUCAAAACUGAAAUUGAUAAAGACAUACCUCCGAUCAACGACGAGCCAACCUCGUUUGAAUGAUCUUGCAACAAUAUCGAUUGAGCAUGAGCUUGCGGAGGACUUAAAUUACACAGAUCUUGUGAAAGAGCUUGCACAAGCAAAAGCCAGGAAGGUUCGAUUUGUCUAG